AUGGUGGACGUUGACGCUGAAGUGCUGAAUGAGGAGUUUGGCCUGGAUGUGGCAUGUGAGAGUGAGCCAACACAUGCUGGACCAGAAAGAGAGGGAGACUCAAAUGGUAAGACUGUUUGACAAUAUCAACUGGUUCAUUUGACAUCACACUCAGCCUUCCAACUGGUCAAUGACUCGCUGUCCUACUUCAGGGCCGACAGCUUCUGCAGAGGCCAGUUUAGCUUCCUUGUUACAAUGGAUCAGACAGGUGACCAGGAAGAAACCUUGGAGCUGCUUCGGCAGACUGGACUUCGCACACCAGUCUGGGUCAAGGAUCCCAGGACAGCAGCUUCCAAGCCUGUAGCCUUCUCCAAGCAGUAUUUGCCAUUCUCAGCGCUCAACUUCCCAAAGGAAUCUCGGGAGGGUUUUGCUCAUGUCAACAUAGUCUUCCCUGCCCUGUCGUCUGUCAGUGUCUGUGUUCGCAUUCAGUGGGACCCAGAGUGGAAUGAGGUGUCCACCAUCUUCUCCUAUGCUGCACCUGUGUUUACUAAUGAGUUCCAGCUACGUGGCCAAGUGGACAUGCAGGGUCGCAUCCUCCUGGCACUCAUCAUCCAUGGGAAGCACCUGCCGUAUAAGGCAUCCUUCCCAAAUGAUGGAGUGUGGCAUCACAUCUGUGUGACAUGGCACCGGAGCAGCAGCCACUGGGCUAUAUAUGUGGAUGGAGACAAGAAAGACACAGGCUCAGGGAUCACUUCCAGGGAUAUCUAUGGGGAUGGGAUUCUGAUCCUGGGUCAGGACCAAGACUCCUUUGGUGGGAAUUUCACAGAACCCUUUUUUGGAAAUAUCACUGACCUGAAUGUUUGGAACAUCUCUCUGGAAACAAGACAUGUUCAUGCCCUCAACGCAUGUUCACCCAUGACCCAGGAAAUUCUUUUCAGUUGGAACCUUGACCUCCUACGUCGUCACCCGUUGGUCAAAGAGAUGCAGGCCCUUCUGUUUUGUCCAGAGCGCUACCUCAAGAUGAAGCAGAUGAUGGAAUCUCAGGGCUCUCUGCCCACUGCGUUUAUGGGUCAACUGAUGAAGCUUUCCAACAAGAGCCAGGUAGCCAUACCGUCAGGCCUGAGCAACCUGACCCAGGCGUCAGUCCUGCUGGAGUUCUCUGCACAGGCCCUGGAGGACACCCACCAGGAGGGAUUGCAGCCAGCAGACAUGGUUUCCCUCAUCCAGCUGCUGUCUCUGGCUGCUGACGUCCCAUUACAGCCGGUGGACCAUGUCAGCAACCGGAGCCAGGACAGCAUGCAGGAGCUGAGCCAGCAUUUCAUCAGCGUGGCCGACAGCAUCAUCAGUGAAGACAAUGCCCACAAGUGGCAGGCCAUCAAAGAGGUGGUGAACGGACCCAUGGAUGUGGUCAAGAGUAUUGACCGAAUGGUGACAAACCUGAGUCCUCGCUUGAUGGCAGAGAACGAUCACCUCACCAUUCACAGCCCCAACAUCAAGCUGGAGGUGCAACAGCAGAGGUUGCAGGAAGGUUCCAGAGGAUCAAGUUUCUGUGGGCCUGAGACACAAAAACAUACCAACUUAGACUGUAUUUCAGUCCCACAUGAGAAGAUACAGGAUCUCCAUAACAACGGCUUCCAUAGGCUCACGUUGGUCAACACGUGGUACGGCUCUUUGCGGCCUCUUUUCAAUCCUGAGGAGAACAUCACCAUGGUGCCCACCGUCACUGAUGGCAGCCAGAGGUAUUUGGGCACCGUCCUGGGCUCUUCUAUCAUAUCCACCACAGUGCUGGGAGAUGACCAGCCAGUCAGCAUUGCAGUUCGAUUUCAGCUCCAGCACAGAGUUCAGAAUCCAACUGGUACUAUGUAUGAUCCAGUCUGUGCCUUCUGGGAUUUUGAUCUCACUCCAGAGGCGGGUGGAUGGUGGAAUACCAAGGGCUGUGAGGUAGUGUCCAAACAAUACGGAUACACUGUGUGCUACUGCAACCACACCACCAAUUUUGCAUUGCUGUUGCAGGUGUAUGAAACCCAGAGGACGGCAGAGAGCGAAAAAGCUCUGCAGGUGCUGACGUUCAUCGGCUGUGGAGUGUCUCUGUGUGGCCUCCUCUUCACCUUCAUCCUCUUCAUCGCUGUGGGUGUCCCCAAAUCUGACCGUACCACCGUCCAUAAGAACCUGAUAGUUGCUCUGGGCAUUGCUGAGCUGCUGCUGAUGUGCAGUGACUGGGCAUCUGAAAAUGAGGCAGCAUGCUUCCUGGUGACUGUACUACUCCACCUCUUCUUCAUGGCCUCCUUCUCCUGGAUGCUGGUGGAGGGUCUGCUGCUUUGGAGCAAAGUUGUGUCCGUGAACAUCAGUGAGGACCACAGGAUGAAGCUCUACUACAUCAUUGGUUGGGGACUACCUGUUCUGAUAGUUGGUGUAACAUUGACGAUAUCAGCAGAGAAGUACAAGGCAGAUGAUCACUGCUGGCUCAAUGUGAAGACUGACACAAUCUGGGCCUUUGUGGGACCUGUUAUAUUUGUUUUAGCGGUCAAUGCAGUUGUGCUGUGUCGGGUUGUCAUGGUGACUGUUUCCAGUGCUCGUCGUCGUGCUAAGAUGCUCAGUCCAAGCUCAGCAUCAAAGAUGCAGACCUUUGACCUCACCUGGGCUGUGACCCGUCCAGUUCUCAUCCUGUUACCCAUCCUGGGGCUGACCUGGCUGUGUGGAGUACUGGUCCAUCUAUCUGUGGUCGUUGCCUAUGUCUUCAUCGCUCUCAAUUCUUUCCAGGGGCUGUAUGUCUUCCUUGUAUAUGCAGUUUACAACAGUGAGGUGAGGAAUGCAAUAAAGAGGAUCAAAGAAAAGAGAAAGGCCUUAUCUUUCACGAACUGCUCCCAGCCAACCAGCUUCCUACCUUCCCAGAGGGCCCCAAUUACCUCCUGGGGCCGCAGUCCACCGUCCCCCUCCAGCCCUGAGACCAGUGAGACCUCCGGACCCACCAGCUCCACCUCCACCUCACUGGUCAUCAAAAAUGAGAGUUACAGAAAAGAGAGUUUUGUGAGUUUCUCUUUGAAACCAUCAUCAGGAAAUCAAGUGGUGCAGCUGACUGGGUUCAAGCCAUCAGGUACGAAGCAGGCAUAG